GACUGAAAUACCGAUUGUGUAAAAAAAGCAGUGUUCUGAUAUGUUCUCUACGAUUAAAAGUGGCGAGUUUGAGAAUUCCAUUCGAAUCGACGAUUAAAGUUGGCAAAAUUGAUAAAAAUAAAGGGUUCUCUUUGCGAGUUAAAAAUACACAUGCAUGCAUGUAGUAUACGUAUCAGAUCUCAUGGUAAAAAUGUUGAUUGUUGUCUAUUAAUUACUUAAUCACGUGGCCAGCUAUCCUAUACCUUGUCGAUGAUGUCACUAGUGCCUCUAUCGAUAAGUAAUGUCUACUAAAUUGAGUUUACAAUGCACUAAACCAUAUUGAUUGUCUUGUCUAGUUAUGUUCGAUGAAUAAAGUCUAUGGCAAUGCAAUGUUUGCAUUGAAAGAAUAUCAAAUACACAAGGAAACUUCUCGCUUUUUCUUUUUUGAAAACACAGAAGAGAAAAAGUCAUGGUAAAUGUCACAAAAGGAAUUUUGGUUGAAUGCGAUGCAGCUAUGAAGGAAUUUCUUUUACACUUGGAUGAAACUUUUGCAUUAGGUCGGAAAUUUAUAAUUCAAGAUUUAGAUGAGAGGCAUUUGUUUAUUUCUACUGAUAUUUUAGAUACGUUGCAAGGGAAAGUAGAUGAUCUUAUGGAUCAAAUAUCGUUUCCUUUAGCAGAAAAAGGAAUAUAAAUAUUAGACAACAAAUAUUUCUUCUCUAAUUUGAUUUAAAUCUAAAGAUAUAUAUGAAAUAACUAAUUAUGGCUGCACGAGAAUCUGGUAGAAUAAAAGAUGCAUAUCAGAAAAGAGUGCUUGAUGAAGCUGCUCGUAAACGUAGGCAAAAGAAAGCA